AUUGCCUACUAAGAUUCAAUUGCACUGAACAAGAUGAACGGACAAACAGCCUCGCUGCUAACCUUCUUUGUACUGAGCAGUCUACCAGGAGCAAUGCUCGUCUACACUGCCUACAGUCCAACAACAGGAUAUUCUUUCGUCGUAUUCGAAGACAGCGUUGACGACACCGACUCAUGGUUUGAGGCCAGGGCCAAAUGCCGCGUUCACUCACAGUACGCCGACUUGGCUGAGAUAAGUGCAAGCGACUUCACAAUAGUACAAGAUCUACUGAGCAACUCACAAGCAUCUUCUUCCUCUUACUGGAUUGGAAUCUACGACCACUUAUCCGAAAUGAACUUCAAGUCUCUGUACACCGGGGCAGACAUAACCUUCGCGAACUGGGACAACGAUAGACCAAAGAACGACAUGAACAAGAACUGUGGGUCCUGGGAUACAUCAAAUAGUUAUUGGAAAGACGAGGCUUGUACUGGGAAGAAACGUGGAGUGUUAUGUCGGAUGCUGACGCCUAUUCCUUCUUCCAACAUCGACCCUAACACAGGCUGUCCGCCAACAAUGGUCCCCUUUGAUGACGUCUGCUACGAUUUUCGUGUGUUGAUGACUGGGAAUUUCAGCUCUGCACGGCAGGCUUGUGAAACAUUACCAGGUCGGAUGAUUAUACCGGAGAGCCAGUCUGAAGCAGACUUCGUGGACCUGUAUACCAUCCUCACGGGCAAAGCUACUUUUUGGCUGGGUAUCACGGAUGAAGAAGAAGACAACGACCUGCGCAGUAUUUACGGACCUAACCUCUCUUUCGAAAAAUGGCACCCGAGUGGCUCGGGCGUCGUUGCAUCUGAGACAGACUGUGCCUAUAUCGACACCAGCAGCGGCUACUGGUUAACAGACCAUUGCGAUGAACCAAAAGGCGUCAUGUGUUCUUUCGUUCCACCACUACUACAAGAAGAGACAACAGUAGCACAAAGCAUUACAUCCACUAGUGAGACAACGCAAGAUGCAUUUACAAUCGUUGCAUCCACAGAUCAUGACGUCACUUCUCCAACCUCAUCCGAGGCGCAAGGACCCUAUUGCAAACCUGUUGAAAGGAAAGCGUCCACCGUCAUGAGCCUUCCUGGGCAUACACGCGAACGCUCCCACAGACAUGCAUGGCAGCGGUCGGCUGAUGAAAGUCUGCAUCGUGCUAGUCCUGUCUGUGAAGCCUCAGUGUCUGGUCGGUGAUGAUGCAUACGCACUGGCUCCCUUGGGAUGCAUUUGCUGAGAACAAAUUGUAGUGAUAACGUAUCAUUGUGGGAAAUUAUAAAAAAUCAAAUCUAACGUUUGGGUAAGAUCUGAGACUAUUUUUUGUUGAAAAUUUUUAUUGAAAUUUAAAAUUUGUCGAACUAAACUUUAAGACAGUUUAUCUUGAUCAGAGACAGCGAUGUGAACUUAACGAGGUUUGGGACUGUUACAGGAAGAUUCGAUAACAAAAAGUAAACAAGUUUAUCAGGAAAAGCCAGAAUAACAACUUUGUUUGAGAAAACUAGAACCGAUUGGAAAAUAGAAGUGUUAGCUUACGGCCAAAACGAUCAAGGAAACCCAAUUUUGAAGAAAUUGGAAAUUUAAAACUGGCCUAUGCGAUUUGUAAUGAAAAUGUUUACAAAAACGAACCACAAAAUUACUGUCAUUUAAUGUUUUACAGUUUGAGGAAAUCCGUAACAAAACAGGAUUCAGCAAUGUUCUGACGGAUAAACGGCUUUGUCAGAUCGGUUACAGUGUCGCAAAAUACAGAAGAACGUAUUAAUUCUAUGGAUUCAUAUUCAAUUUAUGUACAGUAGUCUGUAGUUGUGUUAUUAAUGUUGUUUUCCUUGAAUAAAAGAACUUUUCAGGAA